AUGGAGCAUACAAACAUCAAGCAACAAAAAACUCAUUCAAAAGUAAUCCAUCCAUGGAAAAAAACUGAAGACCAACAAUUACUUGGAGCUAUUCAAAAAUAUGGAGAAGCUGAUUGGAAUAAAAUUAAAGAUGAAGUACCAACAAGAACAAAAAAGCAAUGUAAAGAGAGAUAUUUCAAUCAUUUAUGUUCUCGAGUAAUAAAAGAUAAAUGGACAAAAGAAGAAGAUAGUCUUAUUCUUAAUAAAAUUAAUGAAUAUGGACAUCAUUGGACACUAAUUAGUCAAUUUAUUCCAGGAAGAGCACCUAAUUCUAUUAAAAAUAGAUUUUAUUCUCAUUUAUCUAAGGUAAGAAAUAAAUAUUUUAAUAGUACUAAUGAGUCAAAUUCAUUAAUACUUGAUUCUGAAACAAAUCUUAUUCAAAGUGCAUUUAUUCCCGCUUCAUCUCAUUCUUAUACCGUUAUUAAUGUAAAUUCUUUUUAUUAA